AUGGAAGGGGGCCACCCUAACAAAGAUGCAGGAACCAGACUUGUGCCUUUGUGUCAUUCCUCUGUGUAUUUCAGGUGCUGGGGUUGCCACACCGUUAAAGGGUGCUUCUGCCUUCCGAGGAAAAAAAUAAGCACUUCUAAAGCAAGACGAGAUUCCCCAAAAGAAAAUGAAGGAGUGACUUCUGUUUCCAUCCAGGACAAUGCUAACCAGACCUACUCUCAGGAGCUAUGCUACAUCCUUAUCAAUCACAGGGCCCUUGGGAGAAAGUCAUCAGGGAGCUCUGCUGAGGUAUGCUACGAGAACGUGUCCUGCAAGGCUGAGAGGCCCAGGGAGCCUUUGGGAGGAACUGAGACCGAGUAUUCACUUCUCUGUGUGCCUUCCACCCCUAGCUGUCCACCUCCCCCAGAAGAUGAAUAUGAACUUCUCAUGCCUAACAAAAUCUCCUUUCACUCUCUGCAACAGCCACGGCCACUUGUGGACUCUUUUGAAACUCAGUUCUCCUGUUUACAAUGAAAUGA